AUGGACCCUUCCGUUUCCGGUGAAAAGGAACAUGAAUCUGAGAAAGAGCAGUUAGAGGCUACUGUUGUUGAAGAAGGUGAUUCAAUCGAGCUUAGACUUCUAGGUAUGCUUCUACAAUAUGUAGAGUGUGUCGCGAUGGACAAUCUAGACGACGCUGGCCAGCUUCUGCCGGAGAUUGCCGAGCUUUCUUCUCCCUUUGGCUCGCGUCGAGGCGUACUUCGCAGACGCACUGUCGUCUUGAAUUAUCAGCUCCUACUUGUGUACUUACUCGCCCCUCACCAUAUUCUACAAAACCCACGAACAAAAGCUGCUCAAUGCCUUCCAAAUCUACAAUUCAGCUCUUUGAUCAAAUUUUCACAUUUCACAACCAAUCAGGCCAUCCUUUUUCCUGGGUAG